CCAUCACUGGAAAGACCUUUCGUUUGACUUGAAUGGUGAAUGAAGUACACUAAUUUCUAAAAACGUAAAAUGGAGAAUAAAGACGACAAAGUUAAUCCAGUGCUUUUGGUUCGUGUGACUCCCAGCACAACGCCGCUAUUUGACGAGGUUGAGAUGGAGCCGGCUUCAGCCAGUGUAAUAGAUCUAAAAGUACCAAAUAAAGGCAAAGACACCGACUCUACCAAAUCCGGCGUGGUUCCCAGCGUCGAAGUCGAGAAUCGUGAACAAUGGGGAAAGAAAAGCGAUUUCCUGCUUUCUUGUAUUGGUUAUGCUGUUGGCCUGGGCAACAUUUGGCGUUUUCCCUACCUGUGCUAUCAGAACGGCGGAGCAACAUUUCUCAUCCCCUACUUCCUUGCUCUUAUUUUCAAUGGGAUACCAUUGUUUUAUAUGGAGCUUGCCAUUGGCCAGUACCUUAGUUUGGGACCAAUUGGUGUAUGGACUGCUAUCUGCCCUAUGUCGAGAGGUAUUGGUUUUGCAAUGAUAACAAUAUCAUUUCUGGUUAGUGUAUACUACAACAUCAUUAUAGCUUGGUGUUUGCUGUUCCUUUGGAACUCAUUCCGUGCUGAUGUGCCUUGGAAAACAUGUGGUAAUGAAUGGAACACUSAUCUUUGCCGAACAGAGAGAUAUGGCAAUGUCUCCAUAAAUUGUACUAACUUAGGACUGGCUGCAAACUGUACACCACUGUUUAAAUCCCCRCCAGAGGAGUUUUUCAACAACAAGAUUCUCCAUAUUAGUGAUAGUAUUGGAGAUCUUGGUGAGAUUCGCUGGGACCUUGUAGUUUGCCUGAUCCUAGCCUGGGUUAUGAUCUAUUUCUGUCUUAUGAAGGGAGUCAAGAGUUCUGGAAAGGUUGUGUAUUUCACUGCUACAUUUCCCUACAUUGUAUUAGUCAUACUGUUCUUCCGUGGAGUAACACUUGACGGUGCUGUUGAUGGUGUACUCUUCUAUGUAAAUCCUGACUUGGAGAAGCUUGCUGAUCCACAGGUUUGGGUGCGUGCUGCUACACAAAUCUUCUACUCACUAGGGGUAGGGUUUGGCUCAUUGGUUGCCUUUGGUAGCUACAACAAGUUCCAUAACAAUGUUCAAAGUGAUGCCCUUCUUGUGUCGCUCAUCAACUGUGGCACAAGCUUCUUUGCUGGUUUUGUGAUCUUCAGUGUGAUGGGAUUCAUGGCUUUUACAUUGAAUACAACUGUUGAUAAAGUAGCAGCAAGUGGUCCUGGUUUAACAUUUGUAGCCUACCCAGAAGCCAUAGCUCAAAUGCCUGUGUCUACACUAUGGGCAAUUCUGUUCUUCUUCAUGAUCCUCACACUGGGUCUUGAUAGUCAGUUCGCCAUGGUGGAAUGUGUGAUCACAGGACUAACAGAUGAAUAUCCUAAAUUCUUAAGAAAGUAUAAAUGGCUGAUGUUGAUCUUCAUGUGUGUUGUGAUGUUCCUAUUGGCUAUUCCAAUGUGCGCAGAGUUCAUCAUCGUUUCUCAACUUGUUCUGUGGAGUGGAGUGAGCUACAACAAGCAACCSUACCMWGCCUGGGCUGAAGUUGUUGGAUGGCUGCUAGCGUUUAUGUCUAUGACGUUUAUUCCUGUGUUUGCUGUUAUUCAGUUCUACAAAGCUAAAGGAGCAACUUGGGCAGAGAAAUGGAGGAAUGCCCUUCUACCUAAUGCAGAGGUUUUCCGUGAAGUAGAGGAACGUCAAGGAGUAAAACCUAAAGACGAAGUGAUUCCUUAAACAUUGCUUGAUUUGAAAUGAUAAAAGAACAAUAGACGAGACGAUAGACGAUCAUCCAACUWAACGACUAGCUGCAGUCUGCUAUGAUUCAAUCAAUCGAAGCGUUUAUUUAUUACAGAUGAAGACGUUGAGCCCCCCGUAAACAGUCAACAGACUUGUGUUCAGGUGUACAACCAGGGGGAUGCAUUUUGAUAUUUUAUUAUUUUAAUAUUAGUAAUUUAUAUUCCAGUAUGGACGAAUUGCCAUGCGGAUGUUCAGAGACAAAUAAAGUAUUAAGCCGUGGCAGAAUGUUCAACUUUACUGUUGUGUACCUCUAAGCCUCGGUUSAAUGCUUUGUUCGUCCUGGACCUGUGUAUGGAAUAUUGCAGAAUACUGUACAGCUAUUUUUGAAAAUUUUGUUCCGUUUAAACAUACACUUUUUUAAACUUAUGGCUCUCAAGAAGUUUUCACGGUGAGCCGUGAGAAAUAUUUGAAUGAAACCUUAAUAGCCGAUUUGCAUUAUGGCGUUAUUUACUACAACUACCAGAAUGCUUUGCCAACUUUAUUUUGUAAUGCAAUUAGUGCCAAUUGCUUUAUUAAUCUCCAAGGGGAUUAAAAAUCUGAAUGACAAUAAAAAUGCGCAAGGCUGUCUGGUAGUUGUAGUAAAGUUACGUCAUAAUGCAAAUGGCCUAUUAAACCGCCGGGGAUCGUAAUUACCAUCAUUCUCUAGGUGGACAMAAUUUUCGAGAGAAGCUGUAAAUAAUGUCAUAGAUGGCUUUUAUUUUAUACACGACAAUUUUUUGCGUAUUUUGAGCUCCUUACCAUUACUCGUAGUUUUUGUGCGUACAUGUUCCUCUWAUUGGGAACGUUUGUUUUUCGGGGAAAAACUGUGUCAUGAUUCUGUUUUAGGAUAACUGUGAUACUUCACAUCGCGACAGUGUUUCCGGUAAGCGUUUCUCAGAACAGUUUUUAUAGUACAGUUUUUAUGGCACAAUUAGUUUUAUCCUCGAGCUUAUGGAAUCAAAACGAAGGCUCAAAAUACCAACAAUACCUUGUUGUACUACAGAUUCUAUGAACUAAUAGUAUCGUAUGUUCGCCCRAGUAAAUGGGUUGCCAAAGGAGCUUUUUUUAUUCUCCUUGCAAGGAGGCUAGAGCAUUUUAAUAAUGCUUUAAUUUAUUCACUUGUAUCUAUAGCAGCAAAAAACAUAAUUAAGAAAUAUGUGAUCAAGAACACACAGGCCGAGAUUUGCACUGUGAUUUAUUAAUUUUAUUUUGCCAAUAGAAGUUAAUUGCAACAUGGAGGGCAUUGUGCUAUGGUAGUUGCUAUGGUAGUUGCCCCUGGAAAAACAAAUAGUCGCCCGAGAACUCAGACCUUGAACUUUUGAGGAAUAUUUAGAUUUCAAUGGCUAUCACAGCAUAAUGCCCGAGAUUUAAACUGCUCUAUUGUUUUAAUACUCAACAACAAAAUGUUCUGAAGAGGCGUUCUCUAUGCACCAAUAGUGCCCCUCCUAUACGGACACUAUCGMGUCACGUGAUUGUCUCUCGACCAAUGAGAACGGAGGAAAAUUUGUUGUUGAAUUAUCACUGCACUCACUGGUGAGUGGUGAAUAUAUGUAACGAUGAUUUUUAUUUUAUUUGUGUUCUUUAAAUCGAGCAAAAAGGAAGAAUUAACCAGAGUUAUUAUAUACAUAUGUAAAAUUUGAUCUUUUUUAAUAGACGUGCAUUCUGAAAUUCUAUGAUAAUGCAAAUAACUAUGAAUAAAGUAGUAUUUAUUGUCAAAAAUAUUUGUUUUUUAUACACUAGUCAAUUGAAACCCCCGCCCCCGGGGWAUACCGGGGAAUUUAACGUUUGAGUUGUGUUAAAAUGAAACAUCUCCCCCGGUAGUCGGUGGCACAUUCAUUGUAAAAUACCCUCUACUGGGAAAAAAAAAAGAACAGGUUUGAAUACCUAUUCUUCAAGGGUAUUUUUUAAGAUGKUCGACCUCYAGUUUCCAGCCUCAUACAUGCUCAAAGCGCGUCAAAGUCCCCGCUCUUUGCUCCGCUUCGAAAUCCCGACCCCCUGGGCAAUCUUACUGUUAAAAGCACGUUGAAAACGCGUCACGUCCCCUUUCAGUGCCCCGUUAGCCCCGGGGGUCGGGGGUUUCAAUUGACUAGUGCAUUACGUUUGUGUUCGUAUAAAUUGUGUUAAAACCUCAAAAUACCAUAUCUGUAAGAUUACCAUAUAUAGUUAUUAUGCGAAAGGUG